GGGGGUAGGGGCGACCGGACCGGGGAGUCAGCGGGAGCCAUGACGGCGCGGGGGACCCCAAGCCGGUUCCUGACCAGCGUCCUCCACAACGGGCUGGGGCGCUACGUGCAGCAGCUGCAGCGCCUCAGCUUCACCCUCAGCCGCGACGGACCCUCGUCCCGCGGCGCCAGGGAGUUCGUGGAACAGGCCGCGAUCGACUUCGCCCGCCAAAACCCCGGGGUGGUGCUGUACGUGAACCCGCGGCCGUGCUGUGUGCCCAGAGUGGUGGCGGAGUACCUGAAUGGGGCAGUGCACGAGGAGAGCCUGCACUGCAAGUCGCCGGAGGAGAUCAGCGCCCUGGUGCAGAAGCUGGCCACCCGCUCGGGGCUGGACGUGAUCCGCAUCCGCAAGCCCUUCCACACCGACAACCCCAGCAUCCAGGGCCAGUGGCACCCCUUCACCAACAAAGCCUCGGCGGCUGGCGGGCUGCGCCCCCGGGAACCCCCGCCCCCCACCCCGGGGCCGUGAAAUGGGACUCCGGCAGAAGGGUGCUCUCACCCCGAGACGGGCCGGCUCCUCCACCCGUUGGCGAUUCCCACUGUUCACCGUUGAGGCCAGGGACCCCGAGCCUCCGAACUCUGAUCCAUUCUGUGCCCCCCGAAAUCUGGGGGUGGCCCCUGGAGGAUUUGACAGGCGUUCUCUGUCUCCCAGCUGGAUGGGUAACUUCGGGGCAUGGUGAGGCUGGCCAAGUCUCUGCCGGCACAUUUCUACCAGCUCUGAGCCGUGGGGCCGGCUCCUUAGAGUCGGCUGUGAACACUGUGGAGCAGGGCCCAUGGCACAUGUGUGUGUUCACCCCCAGGAGGCAAGAAAGAUUCAAUAAAUGGCCUCAAGGUCACAC